UACAUUUACAACAACCAUCGAACAUGGACUUUCCAGUUCUUUUCUCUUUACUAGGAAUAUUACUCUCUCGUCAAACAGCACGAGGAAACGAGGAUGAUUUCAAGCCGUACGAUCCUCGUGGAAAUUUCGAAUUUGACGCCUUGUUGGAUUCUGGGACAAAUACUACUAAUACAACUUCAAUUAAACCUUUAGGUCUUCAAGAUAUUCUUAUUAUUGCCAGAACACAGCCAAAUUCUUAUCAUAAAAAGAAAGCAAAAAUAUUUUAUGAACAUAUUAUGAAGCAGUUAACAUCAGAGGAGAAGAAAGAAGAAAUAGUUAAAAUGCUUCAUGAAGAUUGGGCUCCUUUUGGUGCCUGGACAAUAUUUCCAAUCUUGACCAGGUUAAAUAAAGAUUACAGUGAAAAAAAAUCGUGGAUAUUUUUCUGCGAAGAAGAUACAGUUAUUAAUGUUCAUAAGCUUACUAAAGUUCUUCAAAGAUAUAAUCCAAAAGAGAGUUUGUUUCUUGGUCAUGCACUUCAAGACCAGCACCCAGCCAUCAUCCACCAUUUUGCAUUUGCUGAAGACCUGUCACAGUUCUCCUUUCCAGACUUUUCUGCUGGCUGGGCAAUUAGUACAGCACUAUUAYGGCAAUUGUCUGCUAGAAUUGAGAAGUCAUCAUUAAAGUCUGAUUUUACUAUUGAUAUUCAGCAUGAGAUAGCAAUGUACAUUAGAAAUGAUGGCAAAGGAGUUACCAUCACUGAUGUACCAGAACUCUGCACUACCAAACCUGGAGAAAAUGAAUUGUGUGUCACAUCUGUUAAGAACACUCUAGAGGACUGUGGCAACCUUAGUAUGGAUGACAUCUUUUUUGCGGUAAAAACUACAAAGAAGUUUCACAAGACAAGGGUCCCAUACAUCCAAAAAACACUUGGUCAGCAUGCAAAACAUUUAGUGUACUACAGUGARACAGAAGACCCUAGCAUUCCAACAGAAAACAUAGGGGUACCCAACACUGAAAUGGGUCACUGUGCUAAACUUCAAGCUAUAAUUGAACGAUCUGAAACAGACAAGAGAUUUUCUAGCAAACCUUGGCUUGUAGUGGUAGAUGACGACACCAUUAUGAGUGCCCCUCGAUUGCAGCAAUUACUCUCUUGUUACGAUCCCAAUGAGGUCAUUCUUCUUGGUGAGAGAUAUGGAUAUGGAGUACCRACUGGAUUUGGCUAUGAAUAUGUCACCGGUGGUGGAGGAAUGGUGCUGAGCCGUGGUGGUGUAAAAGCACUUUUGAAGAGUGGCUGUCGUUGCUGGCAGAAUGAUUCCCCUGAUGACAUGUGGCUUGGACACUGCUUUAGAAAUAUUAAUAUUCCAGUUACUCACAGUCCUGCAUUCCAUCAGGCACGACCCAUUGAGUACGUACCAUCUCUUCUUGCCCAUCAAACRCCAGUAUCAUUCCACAAACACUAUGAAAACGACCCCAUGUCUGUUUACAAGAACUACUUGAGUUGACAGCAACUGAUGGUGACAAUCAAGCAAUCAAGUCCAUGUUGCAAGARCAUCUAGAUGGAAGAUGUUGUGAUCUGGUGGACUUAUUAGGUGUAUUAUAGUAUAAAUUAUGACARAAACAAAUAUGAAAAUUMUCAAUAUGAACAUGCCAAAAUGAUCUCAAUCUUAAAUAUUUUAUAGUCAGUAUAUAUAAUAURAAAAAAUUUAUAAUAUUAUGUAAUGAAACAUUUUAGAAUAAAAAUUGAUAGUAUUA